AACAAAACCUGUUUAGUCGGGGUGACGUUUCGCCACUGUUUUUAUGCCGUGGGAGUUUUGAGAAGAAUUCUUACGACGCUGUAGUUUGAUUACGAAAAUAUUUAAGUGAAAUAACACUUUAAUUGUGCUCAAGUCGUUGAUAUAUUUCGUAACGGUACUUUAUACGAGUUUUUGGCACUAACAGUUGAUAAUUGACAUUUGAAACUGCACGACCCGACGAGGUGAAUGAAUCCAGUGUGAUAGUUCAGCGAUUGUAUCACAUUGAAUUGAAUACAAACACGGAAAAAUGUCCAGGCUGUGAUAUCGCGGGGUUAAAGUGGUGUUAUUAAUUAUGUAUCAGUGCAUAGGUGACGCGUUGCGCAGGAUUUGUGACACAAAAUAGUGCAAAAGAAAUGGGUGACAGGUUAAAACACCCAUUCAAAGUGAAAACAAAAACAUUAGUGGCUUUAUGAAAAAUGGAUGUAAUUACGGACUUUUCUGUUCUGAGUCCGGGACUGAUAGACGAGUUGGAGGCGUUCAUGGCCCCCGUCGGCGAUGGCUGCUACCCGCCGCAGCCGCUCGACGCGCGCCGACUAGGGGGCCACCAACUGCCAGAAAGUCCACCGGACUCCGGAUCAGAGAACCCAUACAGCCCCUCGGAACCGGGGCACGCAGCGCAUACGAUAGCCGUUUCACAGACCGCACUAGCGGGCGACUACAUGCUUGUGCACGACCAUAUACCCACACACGAGAUCCUACAUCAAAACGGCGAUUACAUAUACGAAGAACUCAAAUCAGAUAACCUGGACCAUGAGGUCUUGAGAGGAAAUCUUAAUGAUGUGGUAGUUUUACCUCAAGAUCCAAAUAUAGUGGAACUCGGCAUACGUACAGUCCGACAUGAUUUAGGUUUGGAUCAGAUCACGUAUCAAAACCGCUACAAUCAGAUGAGAGUGGAAAUGCCAGAGUUAGAACAAGGGCUGAUCAACCCGCAGCUAGUCACGUUGGGCCAUGAAGGAGCCACGCUAACUCCAGUGUAUACCAACCUUCAGGAACCCAGCAGUAAGAAAAGAAAACACUCACAGGAUAUUAAAUGUGAGCCAGCGGCUUUAUCUCCAGAGAGCUCAAGCCUCAACCCUCGGCCAGCACCGCCCUCAGUGGACGGCUCAGAGGCAGGUGACGAUGUCCCCAUGCAGUGUAUAAGGUUCGCGCCCUUCCAGCAGUCCACGUGGCACCUACUUUAUGACUGCAAUCUCAAACCGCUACCGAAUCCCUCAUACGUAGUGGGAGCGGACAAAGGGUUUAACUACUCACAGAUCGACGAAGCCUUCGUCUGUCAGAAGAAGAACCACUUCCAAGUCACGUGUCAGAUACAAGUGCAAGGCGAAGCACAAUACGUCAAGACAACGGAGGGGUUCAAAAAAAUUAAUAAUUUCUGUUUACAUUUCUAUGGCGUAAAGGCGGAGGACCCAAGUCAAGAAGUCAGAGUUGAACAAAGUCAAUCGGAUAGAACAAAGAAACCUUUUCACCCUGUACCUGUGGAACUACGUCGUGAUUGCGCCAAAGUGACUGUUGGUCGUUUACACUUCGCGGAGACGACCAACAACAACAUGCGGAAGAAGGGACGACCAAACCCCGACCAGAGGCACUUCCAGCUUGUGGUGGCGCUGCGAGCGCACGCCGCGCACCUACACUACAUGGUCGCCGCGCACGCGAGCGACCGCAUCAUUGUGCGGGCAUCAAACCCUGGGCAGUUCGAAUCUGACUGCUCUGAAGGAUGGUGGCAGCGCGGCGUCUCCGACAACAGCGUGCAUUACACCGGCCGUGUCGGCAUCAACACUGAUCGCCCUGACGAGUCCUGUGUCAUCAAUGGUAAUUUGAAAGUGAUGGGUCACAUUGUGCACCCGUCAGACGCGCGCGCUAAGCACAACAUAGAAGAGUUGGACACAGCACAGCAGUUACGCAAUGUGCAGAGCAUCAGGGUCGUCAAGUUUAAUUACGAUCCGUCAUUCGCGGAGCACUCUGGUCUGUUGGGGCACGACCCGCGCCGCGCGGCGCCGCACGCGGACACCGGCGUUAUUGCGCAGGAGGUCCGCCGCGUCAUACCUGAAGCUGUCAAGGAGGCGGGUGACGUCACGCUGCCUAAUGGAGACACUAUACCCAAGUUCCUCGUCGUCAACAAGGAUCGUAUCUUCAUGGAAAAUCUGGGCGCGGUGAAGGAGCUGUGCAAGGUGACGGGACACCUCGAGUCUCGCAUUGAGCAGCUGGAGCGCGUCAGCAAGCGGCUGCACCGCCGGGACAGUGCUAGAUCCAGUCUCAGUAAUGAUUCUCGUUUCUCCGGAUUAUCGACAUCUUCAAAAUCCUUUUACAGCGACGGCAACAUAUCUAUAGAUCAAAUACGAGACAUCGCGAGAAACAUCCGUAAACACGAGUGUUGCCACAAACUGAGCCACAAUUCACCCAAAUAUACAAGAAAGCAAUGCAAGAAUUGCCACAACUACACUAAAUACGGGAAAUAUUACAAUUAUAAUAAAACAUGUGUCAGAUAUUCUAAUAAGAGUGAUAAAGUCGAAAGUACCGAUUAUCCGACUUACGUGAGUUCUCUAGAAUCGGAUACACCAAAACCUGAUGAAACUUACAGCGUUGUAUCGAAACAGAAAGAUUCUUGUCUAUGGUUAAGAGAUGAAGACAGUUUGGCACACAACAGCAAACUGGCUUUCUGCUGCCGAAGGAAGGAUAGAUUCGGUGAUGCCAGUAGUGAAUUAAUAUCGAAUACAUUCUUGCAAAUCGUAAUUACGAUACUAAUUUUUAUAAUGGCUAUAUGCCUGGUGGUGAUGACCGCGCUGUACUUCCGCGAGCACCAGGAGCUGCUGUCGAUGAAGGAGAUCCGGCUGCAGGAGAAGUUCUCCAACUACCCGCACUACGGCAAGUUCAACGUGAACGGCGGCCCCGCGCACCGCGCCGCCCCGCCGGACCACAACCAGAUACAAAAUUUAAAACCUUCACAACACGUCGCUGCAAAGAAAAGUGUUAAAGAGAAAGGACCUCACAAGAGCACGGUGGAGUACACGACGAGCACGCCCGCCGACAGCGCGCACUCCACCGCCGCCGCGCUGCACGCCUCCAGGAACUACGUCAGGAAUGUCCUCAAUAUGGAGCAGCUAGCGGCGCCAUUACGCGCCGAGCGGCCGGCGGUGACGCGCGUGGCGGACGUUGUCGGCGGCGGCUGCGCGUACACUCUAAAUGCUGACAACGAACUGGACGCUGAAUGUCAGUCUUGCGGACUUGAACCACCUCAGACAUUUGAAAAUCCAGAACCCUUAGAACGCUCAAACCCUGAGAAAGACCUAAAUGAGACCUAUACCAGAAAUUUAGACCAGACUUUAAAAGAAAUACCGAGCAUCCCAGUGAUAUUAGAGAAGAAUAAUUCUGAUGCGUUGAAGAACGAAAACGAUUCACUUCGGAAUCAGAUACAUGAGGAGAUAUUGGCUGAAUCUAAUUUAUUAGAUCCUAACAAGCAGAAUGGUACAGAAGUUAGGAUGAAAAGAGAACUUCGUCAUAGGGACCCGAGAGGCCGGCGCGAGGUUCGGGAGACGAAUGAAGCGUUACUAAGAAGUAGUUCUGAAGAGAUGACCUUGACGGAACAAUCUGAUGAAGUUCCACUAUCUCAAGAGUGCGAGAGCGUGUCCGUGGGCGUGUGGACGGCGACGGGCGCGGCGAACACCUCGCUGUUCUCCGAGGCGGUGUGUGCGCGCGCGCUGCACAACUUCACGUACGGCGUGCCGCUCUCGCACUGCCUGCACCACAAGGAGCUCGCCAUCACCUUCCGGACGACAAAACUGAAAGAAGUACGUCUCUGCGAGUUGUACUGUAAGUACGACACCAUCAAGAACUGCCAGCUGAGCAGGGAGAUCGCCAAGCCGCUGCCCAGCGGAGACACCUGGACCUCCAAGAUGAACCUGGACUGCAACAUGGACAGGCAUAUGAAGAUACGAGCUGCUUUCGCACCUUUAAAGGACUUAUGCUACCUGGGUGCAGAACACAAGAUACCAUUCGUCGAGUACAACAUACAUAUCUACAGAGAUUGUCGGAAUUGAA